CCGCUGCUGUGUCGGCGUUGCACUCGGAAGGAACAGUUGUACGCCAAGGCUACUCUAUAAUCCUUACAGUAUUACAGGCUUCAUUUGGACACGGCCACUUUGCUUGACACAGGCCUCAGGACUUCAGUAUCAGAGUGAAAACAACUUUAAUGGCCAAGCUCCAGGGCUUUGAGUUCUGGAAGAAGACCCUGAAAGGAGCACGCUUUGUGGUGGCACCCAUGGUGGACCAGAGCGAGCUGGCUUGGCGCCUGCUGAGUCGCCGACAUGGUGCUCAGCUCUGCUACACCCCCAUGCUGCAUGCCCAGGUGUUUGUUCGCGAUGCCAACUACAGGAGAGAAAACCUCUACAAUGAGGUGUGUGAAGAGGACAGACCUCUCAUCACACAGUUUUGUGCCAAUGAUCCAGAGGUAUUCCUUCAGGCGGCCCUGUUGGCCCAGGACUACUGCGAUGCCAUUGACCUCAACCUGGGCUGUCCACAAAUGAUCGCUAAGAGAGGGCACUAUGGAGUUUUCCUACAAGACGAGUGGGAGCUGUUAGAGAAAAUGGUCAGGUUAGCCAAUGAAAAGCUCUCAGUGCCCAUCACAUGCAAGAUCCGUGUGUUCGAGGAGGUGGAAAAGACAGUCUGCUAUGCUCAGAUGCUGGAGAGAGCUGGGUGUCAGCUGCUGACAGUGCAUGGCAGAACCAAAGACCAGAAAGGAGCCAUGACAGGUGUUGCUAACUGGGUGCACAUCAGGGCCGUGCGGAAGGCAGUCAGUAUUCCAGUGUUUGCAAAUGGCAACAUUCAGCACCUGAGUGAUGUGGAGCGCUGCAUUCAGGAGACAGGAGUGCAGGGAGUAAUGAGUGCAGAGGGGAACCUUCACAAUCCAGCACUGUUUGAAGGACGCAGCCCCCCGGUGUGGGAGAUGGCUGAGGAAUAUCUUGAGGUGGUGAAGCAGCAUCCCCCCUGCACUUUAUCCUAUGUUCGAGCCCACCUCUUCAAGCUCUGGCAUCACACGCUACAGAUCCACCAGGACCUGAGAGAAGACUUGGCCAAGGUGAAGACCCUUGAGGGUUUGGCUGGUGUCAGCCACCAGCUUAAGCUGCGCUGCCAGGAGGAGAUAGCCAAAGGACAGGAUAGGGAAGAGACAGAGGGUGGCCUGCCGUUUCCCCACUGGAUCUGCCAGCCAUAUGUCAGACCAGCGCCGAAGGAGCCAGUUGCAAAUGGUAACAGCCAGGGCUCAGAGGUGAGGAAGACUGUUUGUCAGAAGAGAGCACUGGAGGACACUGAUGGAACAGCUGACACACUCUCCAAAAAUAAGCAGAAGAAGAGAUCACGAAACCCCAACAAGAACUUCUGUCCCGAGCAGAAACCCAAGUACAUCAAAUGUGAGCAGUGUGGGAACCCAAAGGGAAAUAAAUGUGUCUUCAACCUGUGUCGAGGCUGCUGCAAGAAGAAGGCCUACAAGGAGGUGGCAGACUGUCCAAGCCAUGGGCUGAGGUUCAAGACCAAGGCAGAGAAACAGAAAGCUGAGGACAAGAGGAAGGAGGACGAGAGGAGGGUGGAUGAGAGGACUGAGGUCUUGGCGACAGAGACAAAGAGAAGCAGCAGCUCUCCUCAGCCUAUCCCAUAUCCAAGUACAGAGCUGCAGGUGCAGUCCAAGAACCAGCUUCCACUAUGAGCAGGACUAAGGCUAUCUCGACAUGUCCGCCUAAUCAAGGUCAUUUCUCUUGUGAUCAGAAAAGUUAACACCCUUGAAACAUUUGAUGUCAAAAAAUAAAAAAAGGUCACACAACA